AUGGCCAGCUCUUCCACGCGCCAUGAUAACCAACGCUCAAAUGCGCCGCCAGGGUUCCCCACGCCCUCAAAGAGCUCUGUUGCGCCACCCGCGGUGGAUAUGGACACCGUUGAGUUAAGGGACAUGAUGGCGAGCUCGCCGCCGCCCGAGCUGGAGCUCAAGGACGACAUCAUCAAGUUGAGCAUGAUGGGCGACGAGGUCGCCGUCAAGGCCCUUCUCGAUAGAGGAGAGAUCACUGCACGCUGGACCGACGCUGACGGGAUCGGGCCACUACAUUGGGCUGCAAUCAACAAUCGCUACGCCGUGUGCAAGCUGCUUAUAGAGCGCGGCGCCGACGUCAACGCAAAGGGCGGCGACUCGGUCUCAACUCCUGCCAUGUGGGCCGCGCAACGCGGCCACUACUACACCGUCAACCUGCUCCUCCGGAACGGUGCUGACCCCCUACUCGCCGAUAGCAGCGGCUACAAUAUCCUCCACCUUGCAACAUUUGACGGGAACCUGUUGCUGCUGGUGCUGCUGUUACACCAGGGCAUCCCCGUGGACUCUCGAGACCCGCUGAUGCACACAAGCCUAAUGUGGGCGGCGUAUAAGGGGUAUGCGUCGAGUGUAGAUCUGUUCCUGCGCUGGGGCGCGGACAUACAUGCGGUUGACGACAACGGCUUUACCGCGCUGCAUUGGGCGAUUGUGCGCGGCAACUUCGGGUGCAUACAGAAGCUCAUCGAGUACGGCUCCGACCGGUUCGUCAAGAACAACGACGGCAAGACGCCGGCGCUUGUCGCGGAGGAGCUCAAGACGCAGCGGGUCUGGUGGGAUGCGCUGGAGGAGUGCGGAUACGACCGGGACGGGAAUCCGCUGCACCCUACCGGCACGAUACUGGGCGUCCGGGUGCAGGACAAGACGGCCGUGCUGCACAAGUUCUUCUUCUGCUGGCCGACGGUCGUGGUCUGGGCGGUCACUACGUGUCUCGCGCAGCUGCCGUGGUUUCUGGGGAUUCCUGUUGCGGGCGCGGUGGGGGCUGGGUUGCACUGGGUCGCGGAUAAGGCGCUGGAUUAUGGGGAUGGCGAGAAGGCGAUGUAUAAAACGCCCUACUUGGCAGGUAUCUUUGGAGCUACGGCGUUCUGGAUUGCGGAGAGAUGGAUUUUCCACAUAUUACCUAAUACGUUUGGCACCGUCCCAUUCAGCAACAUAUUCUUUGGCAUUGUCUUCGGCUUCUGCGUCUACUUCUACAUAGUUUGCAUGCUCUAUGACCCUGGAUACAUCCCGAAGCUCUCCAGCGUCACGGAGCAAAAGGCCGUGAUCGAGGAGCUACUAACCCUCUGGAAAUACGACUCUGAGAACUUCUGCGUCCAAUGCAUGGUGCGCAUGCCCCUGCGCGCAAAGCACUGCAAACGCUGCGCCAGAUGCGUCGCCAAACACGACCACCACUGCCCCUGGGUCUUCAACUGCAUCGGCGUCAAGAACCACCGCCAAUUCUUCCUCUUCGUCCUCUGCCUCGAACUCGGCAUCUUCAUCCUCGUCAACCUCGUCAUCACCCACUUCACGCUCCUCCCCCAGCUCACCACCUACCCCACCUGCGCCCUCCUCGCCGAGCCCUUCUGCUCCCCCGUCCUGCAGGACCCCUUCACCCUCGUCCAGAUCGCGCGCGCACAGACGACAUACGAGAGCAUGCACGGCAGCCGCCACAGCCACACGCACUUCAACGAACACAAGGUCGCCGCCACAAUCGCGUCCACCAUCGCCGCCGGCUCCUCGUCCAUGGACGGCGCGCAGCUGACGUCCGGCCACCGCGGCCCCGACCCUGCCGCCCGCGGCCACCACGGGCACGGGCACGGGCACCGCCCGCAUAACACGGACACGUGCUGGACGAAGGUGAAGAAGGCGCUCGGCGUCGGCGCGUUCGUGAACAUCACCUCUGACCGCGGCGGCGCCGCCCGCGCGCGCGGCAACCCGUUUUCAAGGGGGAUUGUGACCAACUGUAAGGACUUUUGGUGUGAUCCGGCGCCGCUGCUGAGGCCGAGUAGGGAGGGGGGCGGAGAGGCGCUGCUGGGCGGCGGCGUGGUGGAUUACUUUAAUAUGUAUGAGACGCCGCCGAGGAUGAGGGUGCGUGGCGGUGGGGGUGGCGCGGGCGGGAGGUACCAGAGGCUGGCGGAGGAGGAGGAGGAGGAGGAGGUAUAG